CCCGGAUAAGACAUCACGGUUUUAGUAACGCUUUUCCAGUUUUCUGUUUCUGCCAUGGCUGGACACGACGCCAACGUUGCUGACGUUGUGGUUUGUUGUAAAAAGGUAUGUUGGAAGGGGUACAGGAAAUUCCUAGAGUUAGCGAACAGUAGAGUUUCCCAUCUUCUCGAUUCGGACGGUCAAGAUACCACAUACCAAUAUGUUACUGUUGGUGAAGAGCACGAGAAAUCUGAAUCUGUGACGUUUCGGGGUGUGCGUACACGUAUACCAUCGGUUCCUACAGAAUUACAGAAACAGCUCUGGAUGAGUAUUGGAUUUGAUGACUUGGGUGACGAUUUGAUGUAUCUGGCUGAUUUUGAAGGGAACAAACGUGUGCUACAAAAUUUCUGCAAGUUGGCAAGAGAAGAACUAGAGAUUAGCGGUGGAGAUCCAGCUGCCUAUGAUGAGGCACACUGUGGCAGCGAUGAUAGUCCUGCAUCUGUUGUUGCUCAUUUUUCGUAUCAAUUUUUCAUGGGUAUCUACAUGAAGGUUAUGCAUCUAAGGAAGGACUGUUUACGCAGUCACCUGUCUGAUAUUCGAACUAGUGCAGAGGCGGUGGAGAAGGCUGCAUGCAGACUUGGAAUUAUGAGUCCUAGCAGCGAAAUAAGGAAUGUGUGGGACUGGUAUAAAAGUCGUGUCCUGCUAUAUGUUGAGACUAUGAACAAUGCAAUGAAGGUAGAGAUAAAUGAGUCAUACUGGAUUCUCAUAGGACUGUUCCUUAGUGAACUGACACGUUGUAGGUCUGUUAGCCCACGUCUUGUAGAACUCUGGGAGUAUGGUCAGCACAUAGAGUAUCUCUUGAGUCUAGCACACAAUGGAGGUGACUUCAACUUGAUCAAUCCUGAAAUCCUCUUAGAAAAUUGUGUAAAGCUUGGAGAUGAUCCUUUCACAGAGGAAUACAUGCAAAAGUUAAGGCACAUUCGCAAUUACAUGAAAAAGGUUGGUCAUAGACCACUGACUGAUGAUGAAAUGUUUGAUGUUCAUGCCCUACUCAAGUGGAAAUCAGAGCACUUUCUGACUUGUUUCCGAUCUCAGGCAUUUGAGGAUGAAUGGGUGUUACCAUUAUCUCGUCCUGUUUGUGGUUUGGAAAGAGGGCCAGAUUUAUGUGACACCAGCAAUGAUGGAGUAGAGAAGAGUGAUAAGCCAGAGAAAACAGUCAGAUUGGACUCAUUAGAAAUGUGUGACAAAGCCUCGUGUGAUGAUAGCUGUGAAAAGUUGGACUUGAGUCAUAUUCCUAAUAUGCCUAGUGAUGGCUUGCUGGCAACUGUGAAAACACAUGAAGUUGCAAACUUUGGUGACAAUAAACCUAGACAUUCUUCGACAAGUAGUGUAGCCAGCUCUCACAACUAUCGUUAUGUGGGGAGUAUUUCAGACAGGAUGCUUCGUUGGUGGCUCAAGGAAACUUUAGCGUUUGUGAGUACAAGUGGCUCUAAUCUGACAUCACUGUCAUUUUCGGUGUUUGAAUACUUGGUAGACUUGGAGAUGAUCUCCCCUAGGAUGUGUGAUGCCCUUGAUUGACGUUGGUAUACCAUCACCAGUUGUUUUAGACUUGACUGUCUAGACCAUUAUAUAAUCCUUGUUUAUUGAAGCAACGUACCAUUCAUAUAGGAUCAGAAAGUGAUUUGUUAUUUAGUGUAACUGUGGGUUAUUGCUCUGUUUCUUACAGCAUUAAGGCUGAUUUUACAUAUUGAAUACAUAUAUAAUAGGUAUUGCUUAAUGUUUUUGUUUACUUUCUAGCUUACAAGGUAUAGGUCACUAAUCACGAAAGAGUACA